AGCUUCGCCCGUCCCCGCUCCCCAUUGGUUCGCUCUGGCCCCUCGGCGCCGCCGUUUUGAAGCUAAACCGAGGGGAAACGGUGAACGCGGAGCAAUCGCUCUGCCAAUCGCGUUCCGCUCGGAACGGACGAGUCCGUCCUCCCGACCCCUAAGGAACAGGAUGAGCCAGGGAGACUCCAAUCCAGCUGCAGUUCCACACGCUGCUGAAGAUAUCCAGGGCGAUGACCGGUGGAUGUCACAGCACAAUAGAUUCGUCCUGGACUGCAAGGACAAGGAGCCUGACGUGCUCUUCGUGGGCGACUCCAUGGUGCAGCUGCUGCAGCAGUAUGAGAUAUGGCGAGAACUCUUCUCACCUCUUCAUGCGUUGAAUUUUGGAAUUGGUGGAGACACCACAGGACACGUUCUAUGGAGACUGAAGAAUGGGGAACUGGAGAACAUUAAACCGAAGGUCAUCGUUGUUUGGGUUGGAACAAACAACCAUGAAAACACAGCGGAAGAAGUGGCAGGGGGAAUCGAGGCUAUCGUGCGCCUGAUCAACACCCAGCAGCCACAGGCCAAAGUGAUUGUGCUGGGUCUGCUACCUCGUGGAGAGAAGCCAAACCCACUGCGGCAGAAGAACGCCAAGGUGAACCAUCUGCUCAAAGCCUCGCUCCCCAAACUGCCUAACGUCCAGCUGCUGGAUGUGGACGUGGGCUUCGUGCACUCCGAUGGCACCAUCUCCUACCACGACAUGUUUGAUUUCCUGCACCUGACGGGAGGGGGCUACGCAAAGAUCUGCAAACCCCUCCACGAACUGAUCAUGCAGCUGCUGGAGGAGACCCCCGAGGAGAAACGAGCUGCCCUGGCCUGAGCAGCCGGCGUCGGCAUUAACAGCAUCAUCCAGCCCAUCAGAUCAGUUCUGUCACUGGCACUACAGAAUCCUUCUUUCUUAAAGCACUUUUCCAUUGUAGAAUGUUACCGGAUGUUCGUUCCUAGUGUUUUGAGGGGGAAGGCUGAUGUUUAACUGGUCUUGUACAUACGAGGGCCGGCUCGGUUGGUUUUAUUGCAGGAGGAAAUUAGCUGAAGACGAGUUUUACUUUUAAACCAUUCCUCAUUUAACAGGAGAACAGGACUGUUGCUCUGUGCCCCUCUCAUGUCUCGUUGCUCUGUGGUUGUCCUAGAACCCCUGUAGCCUGUCUGACCGCCCGCGCACGGCUCCCGCUCACCGCUCCCAGCUGUAGGGAUUGUGCGCUGUGUAUUAGCCCGUGAACACGAAUCACAUUCCACUCGCAAAAGCCGGAACAGAUGCAUUUUUUUCAAACUCGGUCCUGCCUUUUAGAGUUUGUUGGGUUGGUUUUUUGUUUGUUUGAUUGAGUUUAUUUUCUGGGAGGGUUAAGUGACUCUUGUUGCUUUCUCGCCCCUUUUUGAAGCAGCAUGAACUGAAUUCAGAAGCAUAAAGAAGCAAGUGGUUAACCCCACCAGUGUAGCUCUCGCGGGUGCCUGUUUCUGUGCUGAUUUCACCGUGCCUGCUAGCUGGGGUGCUUUUCCCCUUUCCUCCCACCGCGCUUUCCCCAGGGCAGUCUCAUUCCGGUGCUUCUGGCCGUCCUGUUCUCUGCUCCUGUCUGCGUGUGGUGUCGCUGCCUUUUAACAGUUGCUCAGUUGAGGAUUUUAAUUGUCCUGUAAACACUGCACAGGGCAGUCGCUUCUCUAGAAGCGACAGUCCUUUCUCCACGAUGCCUGUGCCGCAGGGCUCUCUGCAGUGCUCUUUGUCAUUCUUUUUGGUUUUUAAGUGACUGUUAGAUCCUUUUUUUCUAAAAGAAACCCCUCUGAUCGGUUGGCCCUGUCUUGAAGGCCUGAAUCACUCUGAAGCUUUACAGAUUCCAAGGUGUAUAUUUCUUUAUCGCUUCUGUUUUACUUGUAUAAACAUUUUAUUUGAGCAACUACAGCCUCUUACAGUAAAAAGCAAAUUAAAGGCAUAGUUUUUGCUGCCCUGGGAGCUGCUCCUCACUCUGGAUAGGAGAGCUUGAGGGGAGGUGCCCUCCUGCAGGGCUGUGGCCAGCUGGGAUUCUGGUUUGGUUUGUUUUUGUGAUGAGAGCUGGUUGUAGUCUAUGACUGAUUGUAUGAAAACAGCCUUUCCUUCAACAGCGAGAGGUUCUCUUGUUCAGAAGGCAGCUGGCUUGGACCCGAAAGGCAGAGCCCCAGUGGAUGGAUAACUCAACUUGCAAAGAAAACCAUUUUAAACAGAGCCUGUUCCGCCCUGGCUUUACCUGCUGGAAUUCGAUGCUGUGGAAUUGCGCUCCGCGAUCUGCUGACGCAGGGCUCCGCUCUCUUUGUGAGCGGGUUCUGCUGCCCGGCAGGUAAAUUGGUGAGGAACAGAUAGCUUUUAUUGGGCACUUCUCCUCGUGUUCCAAAGGGGUGUUUUGGUGUCUGCAGCUACGUAGGUACAGUGUAGUCUUUCCGCCCUUUUUUAAUGAAAGGCACUGGUGUGGAAUGCCGCCUGUACCCCAGCACUGGGGAAUUCCUCGGUGUCCCCACUACAUUCCCCUCUUCCUGUAGCUUUAUCAUAGCAAGAUUUCUGCCUGGAUUGCAUGCGUAGUGUCUGUUUUGUUUCCAGUAUUUGUGGUCUACACACAGAUGAAGGAAAGGUGAAGCGUUCCCCUUGCCAGGAGAAAUAGGAAAUUGCGGAGUAGAAGAGGGGUUACGGUGCAACCCCCACGAGCCAAGCUAGGAGCGCGCUGCUCCCCAAGGCUCACUCGCCUCUGUGGUCUGGAGCUUCGCUGCCUUGCAGGAUGGGCUUUCAGGGAACACUGCUCACGCUUCUGAGAAGGUGCUCACUUGAGGAGUUGGGUCAAGGGCGAGUGGAGAGCGAGAUGUUAAAAAUAAGCUGUGGUAGAGGGUUCUUGGAGAGUUAUCCCACCCGCCACACACCUUUUGGGAGACAGGAUAAACCACGUUCUGCUCCUCCUGAGCUUUUCAAGAGAAGGGGAGAAAGCAGCAUGCUGGUUUAAUCUGUGCAUCCCUGCUUCCCUCUCUGCUCUCGCUGCGUACUUGGCUCAAGUGAUGCUACCCAGGAUUGUUCUGUGCGCGGUGUGAGUCAGCCUCUCCUGGCAGGGCGCCGAGCAGGCCAGGACGUUUGGCUCCUGAGCCUCCUCCAGCGUCACCGAGACUGGCUUGGCUUGGCUUGGCUUGCUACGGUGCUGCAUUCUGUGUUUGAUUGGGUGCUCCCAGCUCUCCUCUGCUUCCGUAACCCUGCGGUGCUGCUGGUGCUGCAUAAGGAGAGCGAGAAUGGCUUCGUCUGCUCAGACUUCAGCUCUGCUUCUUGCUUCCUAGUAAGAAACUGCCCCGCUCACCACCGUGGUGUGGGAGGGCAAGGAUGGGUUCUCCCUCCUCGCUGACUUCAUACUAAAAACCGAGCGUCUUGUAGUGUAGAAAAUCUUUAGUUCCAGCUCUGGGCGACCGAUGUCCCUUGGGAUUGAGGCUAGGACAGCGGGAACGGUGUCAUUGUUCAGGAUUGCCUGGGAGAGAAAUGGCCAGUGGGGCUUCUCUGCUCCCUAAGCAGCCUGGUUGUGUUCAACAGCACCAGAGCCCGCUGUCCCCUCUGUGUGGGCAUCGCCAGUUUCGUAUUCAGUGCAGCAGAGAGAAAAAGGUGUGGAAGGAUGGAAGGAGCCUCUGUAACUUGCCAGGGGAUGGGAGAAUGACAGGAAGGGACCAGUGUGGAGGAAAGCCUGUACCUUGCCCACAGGCAGCGCCCGUCACCGCUCACCACCCUGAACCCUCCCCGGGAGUCACAAAUUGUGAUUCUGCUUUGGCAAAAAUGCAUCAGCUGGUAGAACUCGCUUUGUUAGUGCGUAUCGCAAUAUAAAUGUCACUGUUUCACCCCACCGUCUUGCAGCCUGUGUGUGUGUGUGCGUGCGUGCACGCGACUGAGGCGUCUUUCCUCCCCCCUCUGUGUCGGUGGCUCGUUUUGUUCGCUGUCUGCGAGGCUGGGGAGCUGUUGCCCUGUGCCCAGAACUGCCAAACGCACCUCCCACCGGCUGCCCUUGCAGCGGCCGCUCCCAGAUGCCUUGGGAGUCACGCUUGGCUCCAUCCUCACUCGUUUAAUAGCCACUCCUCCCCCAGCUCCACUGGGGGCUUUGUCUGUUUGUUUUCCCUCUCCUUUUGCCAUGUGGAGCUCGGAUCCUGUGCCCCGAGGUUCUGCAGGUGCCCAGUGUCUCUUGACAGGACAUCAGCUUGUACUGGAUUUAUUGAGCAGGGAACACACAUCAUGCAGCCCUGUGUGCACUCAUCCCAGCGGAGGUGAUACGCAGGUUGGAGUUCUGCUUCUCGCUCCUGCAUGGGCAUCCAUCUGUCCCCCCAGCACGUCGU